UGUUGGGGACAAUUUGUCUCAUAUAUUAGCCAUCUUCCCACACCAUCCCACGUGAAGUCCUUGGCCAUGUAAACAUCGGCCAUAGCUGCAGCCUCUCCCUAAUUUAGGGCAAUACCCAUCUCUUGCCCCACCUUUUCUCUUCUCGCCGAUUCAGAUGCUCAUAUUUAAAGCUGUUGACUUUUUCCUCUGUACAAUCUAAAGAGACUUGUCUUUUAGAUAAUUUUUGAUUCCUGUGGAUUGCUACUUGGCUUUCUAUAUAUAGCUCUUACAAGUUCAGCUCAUCAAGUCAGUCUUCCUUCCCUUACCCACAAUCUAUUACCAUUAAUCCGGAUGCUCAACUUCUCUUCUUCUUCAUAUUCAUGAAGUACUUGGGAUUCAUUUCCUCCUUGUUAUCAUGAUCUGAGAUGAGCUUAAUAAAUUUCUCCCUCAGUGGUAAACUCCAAGAAAGCAAUAAUUUGCAUCAAUCUGAAUGCAGAUUUUAAAAAGCAGGGCUCUUUGCCCAAAAGAGGAGAAAAACCCCCACUGACGUCGUCGGUGGCAGUGUAAGAAGAUAUUCGUUGUGGAGAUACUAUACUAUAUUCGAUAACAAGCAGCUUCGAAAUCGAGAAAAAGGAGUGCAAAGAGGCAGAGAUACUCCUGUUUGAGAAUCUGGAAUCUGGGCACUUGUUCUCAAACGCGUCGACAAUUCAUUACUCCCCAUGCCCCUUUGUGCAUGUAUACCCCCUAGUGUGUCUGCUUUCUUUCCUUGGCAAAACAAGAGAGAAGAGAAAGAUUGGUGCAUGUAGUUUCUGGAUUGAUAUUUUGUAUGGAGUUUUUGGAUUAGAAUUAUUUUUGCAUGGAGUUUUCAGAUUAGACUUGUUUUUGCAUGCAGUUUUUGGAUUAGAUUUGUUUGUUGCAUGGAAUUAUUAUUAGAUUCAAUUGUAUAAGCUUUUGUUUUGUAUCAAUAUUUCGGAUCAAUAUCUAUCAAGAUAUUAGAGAACCAAAAGAGAAGAAUGUCGAACCAAGUGGACGUGUUGAAUGAAGGCAAAUCAAAGUUGCUGCUGGCGAAACUAUCAUUACAAAACAACGAGGUUGCUGCUGCCAUGGGCUUGGCGCUGGAUCUGAAGUUAUUAUGGCCCCCUCCAUGCUGCGGGCGUAUUGAUACCUACAAUACCCACCUGGCCGGCAGCGACUUUGGAAACUUGAAGCAUUUCUCUCCUGCUGCUGUGCUAUAUCCUGGCUCUGUGAGAGAUAUAGAAAAUCUCGUGAAGUGGGUAUAUAAAUUGAGCCCAUAUUAUAAGCUCACGGUUGCUGCAAGAGGGCAUGGCCAUUCAAUACAUGGGCAAGCUCAGGCACCAAACGGAGUGGUGAUAGACAUGGGAUCUUUGAGAGGCAUCGACGUGCACAAACAUGAGUUGUAUGCAGAUGUGAGUGGAGGAGAGCUGUGGAUCGACGUGUUGCAUGCAACGCUAAAGGAAGGCGUGGCUCCAAGGUCCUUCACGGACUAUCUCUACUUAUCAGUCGGAGGAACGCUGUCUAAUGCUGGAAUAAGUGGCCAGGCUUUUCAACAUGGCCCCCAGAUCAGCAACGUCCUCCAGCUCGAUGUCGUCACAGGGAAAGGCGACCUAUUCAACUGUUCUAGAGAGAAGAAUGCCGAGCUUUUCCAUGCAGCGCUGGGAGGUCUUGGCCAGUUUGGGAUAAUAACCAAGGCCAGGAUUCAACUAGAACCUGCGCCGCAAAGGGUGAGGUGGAUCAGAGUUCUCUACUCAGAUUUUGAAGCCUUCACUAGAGACCAAGAAUAUCUGAUAUCUCAACCCAAGAAGAGCACUUUCGACUACGUCGAAGGGUUUGUGAUUGUGAACAACGAAGGUCUGCUCAGUAAUUGGAGGUCUUCCUUCUUCUCCCCUCAAAAUCCUGUCAAGGUCUCCACCCUCAAUACAAAAGGUCGGGUCCUCUAUUGCUUGGAGAUGACAAAGAACUAUGACGAGCAAUAUGCAUUUCUUGUUGAUGAGGAGGUAGAGGCUAUGUUGGCACCUCUGAAUUAUAUCCCUGCCUCGGUAUUCACGACCGACCUUGGAUAUCUGGAGUUUCUUGAUCGGGUUCACACUGCAGAGCUCAAACUUCGAUCAAAAGGCAUGUGGGACGUGCCUCAUCCAUGGCUGAAUUUGCUCAUACCCAGAAGCAAGAUUGCUGAGUUCGACUCUGCUGUAUUUAAAGGUAUCCUAAGGAACAUUUCCAGUGGCCCCAUUCUCGUCUACCCACUGAAUAGGAACAGGUGGGAUGAAAGGACUUCGGCAGUUAUCCCCGAUGACGACAUAUUUUACCUCGUUGGACUCCUCCGUUCGGCAUUCCACUCUUCUUCUUCUCCGGGGAACAGUUUAGACGAACUGAUUGACCAAAACGAGAGGAUUCUGCGUUUCUGCAGGGAAUCAGGAAUAGGCGAGAAGCAGUAUCUUCCUCAUUACACAACAGAAGCUGAUUGGAAAGUUCAUUUCGGUGCAAAAUGGCCCAAAUUUGUUCAAAUGAAGGCUUUAUAUGAUCCCAGUGCCAUUUUAUCCCCGGGCCAGCAGAUUUUCAUGGACCCCGAUCUCUCUACUCUUCACUACCAUUCUCCUGAACUAUAGAUAGAAUCUGCACAUUCUCAUAGUUUGUAAAUCCACAUUCAUCCAGAGCAGAGCUCUUUAUUUGUACAUAUACAACAUUAGUAUGUAUAUAUGAUUAUGAUCAUCCCAACAAAAGAAGAAAUGAAGUUGUCUGA